AUGGACGUCCAACUACAAAAGCUCAAGGUCACCGACCUCAAAGAGAUCCUCUCCAAAGCCAGCCUUCCCCAGACAGGCAAGAAGGACGAUCUCAUCAAGCGGAUCAUCGAAAACAACCUCUCUGCCGAGGUACAGCAAGAUGAACUUACGGAUCCUGAUGCCAUCGAUGGCACCAAUGUGCCCGCCAGCGCGCCCGAAGCUACCACUGCCCCCGGCGCACCCAACACCACCCUGGUCGACCCUACCGACACCACCACCAUCCCCCCACCGGUCGAACCUCUCGUACCGACCGACGCCCCUUCAGCCGACUCCAACCCUCUCGGGGCCGCCUCCGACGCAUCUGCUCCCGAACCCGAGCUCACUGCUGAUCAAAAAGCCAUGAAGGCUCGUGCUGAGCGAUUCGGUGUUCCACUCCAACUCCCUAAACCGAAACCCGCUGCCGCUGCUCCUGCCGCCCCGAAAGAAGCUGCCCCCAAGCCCGCCGAAAAGCAAAAGGCUGGUGCUAUCGACAAGAACCCCCUGGGGUACAGUGACGAGGUGCUGGCGAGGAGGACGGCCAAGUUUGGUGCGGUGGAGAAGAAGACUGCUGCCCCUGCCCCUGCCGCCGCCGCUGCAAAGCCCGAGGAGAAGGCGCCGGAGCCUGUGGAUCCGGAAGCUGCCGCCAAACUCGCCGCGGAGGAGGAGAAGAAGAGGAAGAGGCUUGAGAAGUUUGCUGCCCCCAAGUCUGCCGAAACCACAGAAGAGGCCGAUGGGUCUACUGAGCCGGACGCGAAAAAGGUCAAAGUGUAG